UGAUAGAAAUUUGUAGACAUCACUGCAAGAACAGAUACUCGAACCAGUUCAAGUGCGAGAUCUGCUGCCGAUUCAGAAAUUGAUGGUAAAGAGCUCUUUUCUUUGUGACUCAAGUUCAUGGCUUCUAUCGAGUUUCUUUCGCACACCGGAUUCGAGGAAGCGAAGCACAACGCUCAAACGUGCCGAUUAGGGGCAAGCAGAAUGCGGUUAGAAGACUGCUAGAGAUGAGGUGAUUCCGAUAUAACAUAUCUGCCGCAGCGGAGGAUACCGGAACGGAUACCGGAACGGCCGCACAAAAUGAGCAGUCCUGCCGCGAGGCGUAAGGCUGAGGCCAAGCACGAGAAGGACAAUGUCUUCCUGAACAUGAAUCUAGUGGAGAAGCGGCUCAAAAAGAAGGGUCCAAACUUGCAGAGAAGGAUUGCCUAUCUGAACGAAAUCGCUCCAGUGUAUUACGGACCUCCAAAAGCACCAAAAUGGAAGCCACCAGAACUGGCAGAAAGGCUAGUAGACUUCCGCGAUUGGGAUAACGACUUGCGUGGCAGAUUCAAGUGUUGGAUCAUGGAAUUGAAUUAUGACAAACAGAGUUGUAUAAUUCGAAAAAUAGACCAGAAUUGCUGACUAUAUUUGGAGGGCCUCAAGUUAGGCGAAUUCAUUCAUUCAUUCACUGGUGGGUCCGCAAGGUAUCAAGGUCGUGUGAAAAACAAACUAGUACUACUUCUAGUAGCUACGCCAGCUGUAUAAUCUCGAGACGAUUUUUUAUGUUUUGAUGCUUUAAUUUAAAUCACGCUUGCAGUACCGAUUGCGGCCAGGUGGGUGGGACGUGGGGAUUGAGAUGCUGAAAUCGAGACGGUUCGCGGUUAACCCGAUUUUAAGGUUUCCUCUCUUGGCUACCUUGCUAACCAUAGCAAGCUUCCGUGCCCUGGGCCCUUUGCGUCUUCCCUUCUCUUUCUCUUAGGGUCCUAGUAGGAUCUAAUCCCCAUUUUUCAUAACCACUUAGUUCUUUCUCCCUCUAAACGUUAAUUUUUUUUCAAAUUUUGCAAGGAAAGAAGAGGGGGAGGGCACGGAAGUAAAGCGCUGUUCCAAGGCGCACUCGAUUUUCAUGAAUUUUAUCCAUUCUACAUCAGCACGCUCUACAUCUUCUCUUCGACCCAUCGUUUCUUUCCUUCAUGUUGCAUCCCUUAGGUUUUGCAGGAAUUGAAGUCCCAUGUACAUCUCCUCUUUCUUUCUCUCUCUAAUCUGCCUUCUCUUCUGUUUGAAAAAUCCAAAAAAAAUUGAAGUCCCAUUUACGUCUAAUCUGCCUUCUCUUCUGUUUGAAAAAUCCAAAAAAAAUUGAAGUCCCAUUUACGUCUAAUCUGCCUUCUCUUCUGUUUGAAAAAUCCAAAAAAAAUUGAAGUCCCAUUUACGUCUAAUCUGCCUUCUCUUCUGUUUGAAGUUCUUUUUUUCUCCGUCUAAUCUGCCUUCUCUUCUGUUUGAAGUUCUUCCUCGGCUACAACGACACGUUUGACGCUAUGCCGCAUCGGGAAAAACUCGACUACGAUGGUUGGGAACGGAUACGUGGUUACAUUCUCGGCGACACCAGAAAACUGGCAAGGAGGAUAUUGGAUUUCAAAGUCAUCCCGGACGAGAACUGGGAAACUGUAAAGAAGGUCCUCGACGUCAAGGAAGCAGCGGAGGAGGAUGACGAGAUAGACGACGACAUCGAAGGUCUUCCAGGUGCCGCGAGUCGGAAGUUUAGAGCCGUCGUUCGUGUAGUUACGCUAGCACAGAGAAUGGGGUUGAAAAACGUCGGCAAAAUGGUAGAUCAAGGAGACGCAAAUGCGGAAGGAGCAACUGUUGGUCCGGAAGGAGGAGAGUUAUGAGGGUACUAGGGAUAGAUUGUUCUUGGUAGUUGCUGUAGUAGAAAGUGCUAGGCAUGUUGGUGACUACCUAUAAAAGACACACCAAUGUAAGAUUAGAUGACUUGCGAUUUCUAGGUACACUGUACAUAGAAGACGCUUGGCUGUUCUCGUGUGGUUGAUUUGUUUCUUUCGAGGAUCGGGACGUCGUGAGAGUCACGAGAGUGAAAGAAGGAGUGGUAGAUUGUUCUUGGUAGUUCUUGCUGCUGUUACAGUCGUGCACUAGCGAAUUCUAUUAUGGAUUGUGAUUAUUGGGAGAACAUAUAAGAAAGAAGGCUAACUGUUACUAGAAGCACUUUCGGAACUUCUUUCUACGUCUACCAUGAAAGAUGGCAUCAGGAAAUUACAUGUGACACACAAGAAGGGAAACUGGCUUCAGACUUCUAAGACCCGCAGCACCAGCCGAAGCCGAAGGGGACAAAGGCGACGAUAAGACAUCAGGCUCAGCAUCCGUAGAGAAAGAUGGCGACGAUGAUGACGAAAAUAGUGCCUCGAGGAGUCAGUCGCGGAGUGGGACUAGUGUUAUGGCUUGUGAUUUUUCAACGUUGUUGUUUUGCGACUUCUUUCUAUGUCGGAGCAGGUAGUACUAAUAGAAGGAAUGUGAAAGGUUUCGUUCCACCUUGUGAAAUCUUCCGAUCCACCCUCUAUCCUUCCAUCCAAUGAGUUUAAUGUCUUUUAGAUCUAGUAUCUUCUAUCCACCCAGUGAGUUUAAUAUUUAUUUUUUCUGUCACGCAGACUCACUUCUAACCUUCGUUCCCGUUCAGAUUUCUACGAACAGCGCAUACCGAAAUUUCCGAUUCUAGAGGAAUACGAGCUACACUUUGUGAAAGAAGAUCAUAAGGCGAUUGCGGAAUGUCUAUCCAUAGUAGAGGAGUAUUGGGAGGAAAACGAGAGAGCGGAGUGGAUGGAGAAAUUAUGGGUGGAGGAGAACAAUUGGUCGUAGAGUUUUUUUCAAGUGCAUAGUCGCUCUUCUUCAGUGCCUUACAUAGUUAUAUUCUAACUCAAACAAAAUCCGAAAAGCUCGAACAGAAUCGAGUGUGGGUGAAAGAGUGGGAGGAUUUCGAGGCUGCGCGACGUGAGCAGAUCAUAUUCAAGGCGCGGAAUGGAUUGCUUCCCGUGAGCUCUAGAUGGCUGAUCGAGCGGUCCCAAACCGCGAAUACGACGCAAUCUAGCGUUGCCGGUGCCAGCGGGAUGAAUACGACUACGCAGAGUGGCUUCUUUGGCGGGUCUGGCGGAGCAGGUGCGAGCAGUGCCGACGAAAACAAGGCAGCGCAACAAGAGGCGAGUGGAGGAGGAGGGGAUAAUGCAACAACAGCGAGUCCGGAUCCGCAUUCUAGUACGACCGGGAGCUCAGGGUUUGUAGCGGGUGCAGGUGAGGGUGGUGGAGGUGCUCCCACAGAUCCGAAUGCUGUGACUGGUAGUGACAACAUGAAUGCCACUGGUAGUGACAACAUGAACACCACGCAAAGCGGAACGGUCACUUCAGUGGUCGAUGACAGACGUGUGAUGCGCAACCGGGAACGCGCAGAGCUAUAUCCUCUUGAGGAGGAAGAAAUAUUAGCGCUGCAACCGGCUGUGGAAAUUAUGGCGUGGUCCUACUAAUACUUGUAGUUGAGUAUGAGUAUCUCUUGAAUCUAAUACCUACUGUUGUUGCUUGUCUAUUGUAAAAUGCGCCGUGGAAUAAAAUCGGUUCUUCCCAACAACACUCGCGCAUCUUCUAAGUCCAGUUUAGAAGCUGCAGAGAUCGACCCCUUUAGCAUGCUGCCACUCGGCUGCUCAGUGACAUGGAUGGAGGCAAUACGGGGAUUUGUCAAAGAGAAUCCAGAAUGGGUGUACUUACUUUCAUGAUGAUCUUUGUUAGACUUUCACUUUCUUCAAGGUCGUUAUAAGAUUUGUUUAUUUACCUAACCUUACUUUUUCUUCCUAGUUAGCUUGGCUCCACCCGUGUUAUAAGGUUUGUUUAUUUGUUCUUCUGAAUCAGAAUGAGUGCUUUAUCAAUCAUAGCUGCUAGAUCUGAAGCACAUCUUCAGAUCACACACAAAACACCAUCAUUUUUUUUUUCUGUUCAGUUAAAGUGUUUUCAAUUUUCUGUUCAGGUUCGAGCCCAACACGGAACGCGAGCACGCAUAUCGUAUCCUGCGGAUGGAGAUGCGGGAUAAUUUGAUAACACAGCGACAGCACUAUAGGCAGAUGCUUGUCGACCUUUUAGAUGGGGAGGAGAGAAAAUUAGAGUCUCUCUGUGCCAAGAUACCUAAGAGUGCGCAUAGACCAUCACAGCCUUUAGAUGAAUGGGAUUUGGGCGAACAAUUACGCGUUCUAGAGGAUCAAGUGCAGAAACACGAUUUGCCGUUCUAUCCUGAGUGGGAAGAGGAAUUGAAAUAUGACACUUGUGGUGAAUAUUGUAAGUACUUCUCCAGAUAGUCGUACUCGAUCUAAUGUCGUGGGUCAAAGAACUUAUACUAGUUGGAAAGCAGUACCAUUGAAGUACGCGAUGCAUCAACCUCAUUCCGCAAACCCUCAGCGCUUUUCUCUUCUAACCCAAAGCCUACAAGGAGAACAUAAGCACUUUGCGUACGGCGCCAUACGAAUUACGGCUAUUGCAGGAGUUCUGCUACUGCGCUCUCACUACAAGACGGAUCUUUCCGUAUGGCUUCUCCCGGAUCGACCAUAAGAAAAUCGUCACCAUCGCUCAGCAGUGCUUGCAAGUUCGCAAUAACAAGAAGAAAAAGAAGGCUACUGGACCGGUGGGAAGGAGAUGAUAGGAUUUUGGAUUGGUGGCUUUGUGGAGUUGGAUUUACGCGAUUACCACAAGAAAUAUACUUCUGAACACAAAACACACUCUGUUCGGAGUCGCGUUUUUAUAGCACGCUGUUCUUCCUACUGGUGUUACCAAGUUUCGUAUUUUACUCGUAGAACUUCACUCGUUUUUCGUACUUAUAACUCGUUACAACUACCUCAGGUGGUAGAACUCACAUCUUCAGAUAUCCUCAAUGUAGUGGAUCGCUGCUGUCUAUUCUUGCUACUCGUUUCGUGACCUCUUUCGAUGUAUGAUGAGCCCUUUGAGUUCGUUUACCGAGAUCGACUAUCCAUCCUGGCUCUACUCCCGUUGUUGUCAGGCAGUGUUUAUCGCAAAUUUUUGUCGGCAAGAAAAAUC